GCCGCUUCCACGAUGGGCCCUCCCCGCCCCCGCUGGCCUCACCUUGAAGUAGAUCUCGUCCACCACCUCGUGGUGUUUGCAAAUUGAUCCUUAAUUAUUUGCUCCAUUAUCUUUCUGGAUAUUGAAGUGUGGACAGUAUGAUGGAUACGAAUCUUCAAAAGGAUGAUCUCACAGGAACAAUUAAGUUCAUACCUCCCCUGUACAAACAACGUUACCAAUUCAUUAAAGAUUUAGUGAUUAAAUACAAACCUAAAAAGGUUGCAGACUUGGGAUGUGCUGACUGUACAUUACUCUGGAUGUUGAAAUUCUGCAAAUGCAUUGAGGUGCUCGCUGGGCUAGAUAUCAGGGAGAAUGUGAUGAAGGAGAAAAUGCAUAUGUUGUCUCCCCUCCCUGCUGACUAUCUGCAACCAAGUGAAAGAUCUCUAACUGUGACCUUGCAUCAUGGCUCAGUUGCUCAUAAAGAUCCUUGCAUGCUUGGUUUUGACUUGGUAACGUGCAUUGAAUUAAUAGAGCACCUGGAAACAGCAGAACUGGAAAAGUUUCCAGAAGUGGUAUUUGGUUUUAUGGCUCCAGCCAUGGUUGUAAUCAGCACUCCAAACUCAGAAUUUAACCCUUUGCUCCCAGGAGUGACACUGUUCAGACAUUCAGACCAUAAAUUUGAAUGGGACCGAGCACAAUUUCAAAGUUGGGCAGUAGCUGCAGCUACUCGCUAUGAUUAUACAGUGGAAUUUACUGGACUUGGGACCCCACCACCUGGAACUGAGGAUGUUGGGUUUUGUACGCAAAUAGGUGUGUUUGUGAGAAAAUAUCCAAAGAAUGGUGAAACUGUUAACUCUGAGAAACACACGGAACAUGCUUACAAAACUGUAUUCAAGGCAGUGUACCCAAGUCUUAAAGAUGAAAAGUACCUGCAGAAUGCAGUGGUCAGUGAAGUUCUUUUCGGAGCAGACAUCAUUAAAAGACAACUACUGGGCAAUUUCAAGUCUGAGUGUAAGGAGCAUAGUGAUGGCAUUGAGCCAAAACUCAAAUUCCAGCCAUUUAAAUAUUUCAUGACGUGUUCAAAGAACCUUUCUCUAGCUGUAACUGAAAAACUUGCUGCUGAUCGAAGCAUGGAGCCAUUCAUCGAUGGAAACACCGUUUAUAUACCUCUGGCAAAAAUCUUUUCUAUGCCAAAAGUGAAUCAACUUUGUGGCACCUUUGAGAAGUUAAGCAAGCUUAUUGCUGGCAAAGUAGCACUGAGCAGUGAUGGUUCUGCCGUGGUAGUCACUAUCGAAUAUGAAAAUGAAGAACAAGAGAAUUAGAAAACUCUUCAAACUGUGGUGACAAAGAAAACCUUGUUAGUAGAUUCAUGCUGAUGUUAUUUCCAUAUAGUGACUAGUUACAGCACUCACUUAUAAUAUUUUUUUAGUUUUAAAUAUUUCUAGCGGGACCUAGAAUUUUUGCUUGCUAAAGGCAGCACCUUUAAGGAUUAUAGGGCAGAUUUUCAAAGGCACAAAAGGGAGCAGUUAGGCAUCCAACUGCCAUUGAAGGGCAAUAGUUUAUUUAGCCAUGUUUUGUUUGCUUUCCCCUUAUUUCUCUCUCAAGUAUCAUAAUUACACUCAUUUAGAUAUGUUGGGAGUAUAUAUACAGAUUGCACUAGCUGUAACUGAGCCCCCCAAGACUAGUCAUGUGACUGGUGGUGCAGCAGAGCACUACAGCUUCACCACCUCUCUAGCUAUAGGUUUCACAUAUUGAUUCUAAUGCUAAAACCUAGACAACAGUUAUAAUUAUAUCAUAUCAGCUAUAAAAGAAGCUAUUGGGUAAGGAGGACAAAAAUGUUAAUAUUUUUGGUAAAACUUACAAGCAAAAAAAAUGUAGGUAAGUUAAUUUUAUUUUUUUGGUUGAAAGGUGAAUGUGAAGACAGAGAAAUGGAAAUUCAGAAAGCCUCUCUUAUUGAUCACUGUAUAGUGUAGCUGGAAGAGAAAUAAAAGCAACAGGUAGAAGAUAUGUUUCAGGAUGGGGGGAGAAGAGAGGGGAAAAAAAGCAUAAAUUUGGACUAAUACAGAACUACAAAUAUUCCUGUAGAAUCAGCCACUAAUGGAAAGAUGGACAUAGCCAUUGUACCAGUUCUUAUGUUUUCUUUCUCCUUCACUUUUUUGGUCAUCUUAUUGUAGCAGCACUGAUCCCAUGGACAUAACUUGAUGGAUAUGUCUUCCUCUGUACCUGCAUAGUGCCCUUUAACGUGAGAGUCUCACAACUUUAGGUAGUGUUUAUUUAAAAAAACCACUUUCAAUGGAUGUCAUUGCAACCCAGAGCACAGUUUCAGGCUUGGAGAAAGUCAAAUGCUGCUUCUAGGUUAAUGGGAAAAGUGGUACAGUUGUUAGUGGUCACAGGGGAAGUUCAAUGAGAAUAAUCUGAUGGGAAAGUAGCAGACAUUAAAAUGUAAGAGUACUAUAUUACUAAAUAAAAUGUGUUCCCACCAUUUUCUGUUAAAUAUCGCUGACUUCUGUUUAAAAAUCUUUAAUAAAAGAAACCUAGAUCUGCUUUAAGGAAAAAUUACCCUCAAAGUAAUAAGUAAUUGGUCCCUAAAAAUACAUGCUAUUCCUAAUACUCUCAAUAGAAAUAGAAGGCUGUGCAAUACCAGUGAUAGUGGAGCUUGUGAUUUAGGCCAAGGAGAUGAUUCUACUAGAAAGAGCUGGCCUGGCUGCCUGCCUUAGACAAGGAUAUCUCACAUAUAAAAAUGUGCAGUAAACAAACUACUAACUAUUUAUUACUGUCUAAGAACUAAAAUGUAUGUAUGCACAAGAAUAGCAUGUUCACACAUGUUGCAAAAUUUUCCCCUCCCUUUUCUCCUUUGUCCAAGAUAAGUAGUAUUUUUGAUGUGACUAGGUCAAGGCACAUGGUUUUCUUUUGUUAAUAUCUGAUAAAUGCUAAAACGUUUCUCAUGGGUAUUUCAUAAUUAACUAGUGAACAGGCCUCACUCCUUGGAUGCUCCCACUGAUGUCACUGGCAGUAUUGGGGGGAGGGGGUAAAUGCUGCAGGGUCAGGCCUAACGUUUGUGACAUAUUUACAAAAAUGUAAAGCACUUCUGUGAAAAGGCUAACUAGUGUUGUAGAGGAUGACUGAGAAUGGCCUUUGCUCCAUCUUCAGAAUGGAGGGGGGGGAUUUUGUCUCUUCUGGCCCUCUUUCAACUCUUAAAUCAUUCAUGGUGAAGGACCAGACAGAAAAGGGGGGCAGUAACUUAGAGGAGAGGGAUAGGUUCAGAAUCUAUAAGUAGGAUGAGUUUCUCUGAAAGAGACAAAUGCUUUGAAGCAUUCUACCUCCCUUCAAAUGCUUUUAUAACUUCUUGAUACUUUUACUUUGUUUUGUGUGGAAUUUUUUCAUCCCUGUUAAACAGCUAUGCUUACAAAAUGUUAACUUGUAAUCAAAAAAUCAAAACUAUUUAGAACUACUUCCUCAGUGGUGGGUGGUGGUUUUUUUGUUUUCCUUUUGUGGCUGUACAGUUAUCUUGUAAAAUGCCUUAAAUGUUACACAU